UGCUGGGUGAGCUUCCUGCCGCUGCUGUGACCACUGCCGCCUCCACGUGUGCCCAACGCGACCACGUGGUGCCCGCGCCACUUCCGCCGGCGUGACCCACGACCCGGAAGAGGCACGAGCAUGGACAUUGAUUGGGACGUGGAUCCCAGCAAUGGAGUCGGUGUCUUCUUCUCAAACGACCUCUACGAGGAGCUCUCAUUCAUCCCAGCGUUGGAGCGGCAGUGGGAGGCAGUUCGCAGAGCAAGUGGAGAUGCCCACAAGCGAGGGAGAGACACGGGCGUCCAUGGAGCAAAGGUGACCGGCGCCACGGUUCAGAGCCCGAGGAGAGCGGAGGAGCCAGCGGCCGCCCGGGAUGAUGCAGCCCACACGCCCCGGGGCCCCGCGCGACCCGGGACGGUGGCGCACGCUGGGCCGGCGGCGAGUCUCCCACAGGGACAGGCGGUGCGAGGCGUGGCCCUGCCCCAGCCCAGGGUCCCCUACCCGUGCUACUCAGCCCUUACUGAAAAUGAGCAGAAGCAAUACUUGUACCUGCUGAAGUGCAGCCUUGCCGGUGGUGCUGCUGGGCCCGGCGGCUUCAGGGGAGGAUGGAACCAGCGACUGGAGUUCCAGCACUUGAAACAGCGCGUGGCUGAAGAGGUCCCCGAGUUCCUGAGGUUCGUGCACAACGCGGCCAAGCAGAACCGCGGCGACUACGACCACAUGAGUCCGGCCGCUUCGCUCUACACACAGAAGCAUUUUGAGGCGAGCGUGCGGAGAGUGCAGCUCCUACCUCCGUUCUACUCGGUGAUGGAGACGCUGAUGCUGACGGGCGCAGGCGCCACAUCCCUGCCACCCCUCACCCUCACCCACCACAAAACGUUGCUGGCCCUGGGAAAGGCUCCGUUUGUAAAGGUGCCUUCAGGCCUUCGUGUCAACAUGCUGACAUUGCCCAGCAGCGCUGAGGCUCUGCUCCCUCUGGUUUCUGAAGGGAUGAGUCUCACGGAGCUGAGUGAAGACGUGAAUGUGGAGAAACUGGCGGUGAAGUAUGGUGUGAGGGUCUGCAUCACAGCUCAAGCCUUGUUCACGCUGCUUAACAAUCACGGCCCGAGCUUCCAGGAUGCGUGGGAGGUCCCCGUGUGUGUGCGGCAAGUGCCGGCCCGCGCAGGGCAGCAGACGGACAGCUUGGUGUUCAUAGAGUCGCCCCUGCCUCCCAAGGAGUGGACUGUCCGUAAGAGAAAUGAGAUAUUCUUCCAGGCUGCCCUGGAAGCAGCCAUGAUGAACCCAACAAGCAACGUGGCCCUUCAGGCCAUGACGCUGGAGCAGCCGACGUCGGUCCCGGAGUGUCCCAUCGGAUGCAUGGAGAUGCCACUCAGCAGAGCGGUCAACGCUAGCCUGGACCUAACGAGCGACUACACGAAGAUGGAGACAUUUGGCAAUGAGAUGCCCAUCCCUUGCCAGCAGCCGAGCCAAGAUCUGUCCCCCGUUGUAGGGCAACUCGGAGAAACACGGAGCGGGUUCCAUGGCGCCAGUGUGAAGGGCGGCGGCUCAAGCGGAGCCACGGAGGAGUAUAGGCGGCCUCCACUGGGGGUCACCGCGAUUCUGGCAGCAACUGGCACCAGCCUUCUGGCUGCUCAAUCGACCAAUCGUGGUCAGGCGGCUGCUAGUAAGUCCACGCUGACCUUGUUUGGUUUGGACUCGGAGGAAGCGUCGCCGAGGGAGACUGAGCUCGAGAACUUGAGUUCUUCUGGCGCGGACGAAACAGCGGAGACAGAGCCCCGGCCGAGUGAGAGCGGCGCAGAGUCAAGUGACACAGAACUCGUCAUUGACGAAGGAGACAACGCCACUUCUGCCAGCAGGAAACGAAGGUUGCUCUCCGCCGGGUGCCCCGAACAGCUCGCAUGCGGGGAGAAGGGUGUGGAUAAGGAGGGGUCAUGUGCGCCAUUCACUUCUGAGUGCCUCGCGAGCUCUGGCCAAACAACACACUUGGCCCCACAGGGUUCAUGCCAGGAGCCCGGCUCUGAUAAGGCCCAGAGCAGCCCUCACACGAGGGUGACCAAAGCCGCUCAGAAGAGGAGGAGUGCAUCUGUAGACACGGGCCCUCUCGGACACAUCCUGAAGAUGCAAACGAAGCUAAUGGAGGCGCACGUCAGGAGGCUACCCCCUCCGCCCCCUGCGUUAUACGGCACGGCUGUGCCUGCUGCACCAACGGCACCGCCGGGGAUAGAGCUCGGUGGCAGUGAGCAGCGACCUCCGACCUCCCCCCGUGCUUGGCCCAGCGGGAGCAGCCGUGACAUCUGCCUGGGAAGAGGGGAGGCGAUGCCUGCACCGGAGGCACAGGGUGCCGAGCUCUUUUCUAAGGAACUGCUGCAGGAGGAGGAGCACGCGUCGGAGUUUGUGCCUCCAGCGACAGGGAACGUUGCCUACAAACUGUUCAGCCUGGCUGAGUUGCCCCUGCUGGUGCGCACACAUGUGCACAGGGCCCAGACCAGGCCCAGGAAGGCCUCACGCACAGCCACGAAGAAGCAAGUCCCAGUGCGCGUGUUUGCCAAGACCGAGUACCAGGCCUGCUACGGGCUCGAGGUAAACACCCUGGCUGAGGACUGCGCACUCUGGCUGGAGGCGACGCUCAACAGUAACAGUUGGUUCUACAGGGGGCGAGUGGACGUGCUCACCGCUGAGCCGCUCCUCUUGGAGGAGUUCUCUUCCUCCGAUCUGCGCCGCAGCCUGCACUACAACCCCACUGAGCCUCUGAAGUUGCUUCAUAGGAUAAUGAAGAGGCUGUACAGCCUGCCUGCAGGACACUAUCUGCUGAGCCACGUGGCAGGAGACGUGUCCGGCGCUCUGUCCAGCAGCGUGUCCAGCGCUCGCAGCGCGUACAACCUGCACUCGGCCCACGGGCAGCUCCCCAAGGCGGCCUGCUCGCCCUGCGUGCCCUGGGUGCCCAUCAACACCUGCCUACUCCUGCCCUUCCACUCGCAGUAUGGCCGUGUCCCGGGGACUUUCCCCCCCUCGCCUCAAGGCCGUGGCACCGCAAACAAGAGAAAUAACUUCAAAGCCGGCAGUGCCCAUGGAGGCAGCCACGGUGAUAGCAGCGGUCGCCAGGCUUCCAGUCACAGCAGCACAGCAGCCGGUGCCCCGGGGAGCAAGAAGAAGAAGAAAAAGAAGAAUAAGGGGAUGAAGAGGAAGAUGGCCUGGGAGGAGAGGAAGCAGGAGCUGAGUUGGCACAAAGGUGGCGGUGGAGAGACUCUGCCUGGCCAGUCGUAGAUGGCAACGUGUUCGGACUUGUACACUUUUCAGAUAGACGACAGCCCAAAAUAAAACCGUGUGUAUCUUGUCAAUGCGUACCUAUGCUGUGUGUCAUUGGCUGAGAUUAAACAUUCAUCAAUAAGAAAAUAAAAUAAUGGCUUCUCUGUGCUAUAGUUAAGGGAAUGUAUUGCUGUUAAAUUGUUUAGGGGGAGGCAUCACAAGAGUGCCAGACCUUGACUUUAACGUCUAUUUUCUGUUUAAUGAAGCUUAAAACGUGUUACGACCAGCGUCUAAGUACAGAUCUACUGGAAGUGAUAUGUAUUGUGGUGGAUUGUCUCUUUUAAGAUCAUCGCGUGCGUGAAUGAUGCCAGUCUAUAAACCUGCCGUACAUAAGGUGCCUAUUUAUGUUGAUGCUGUUAUCAAAUGCCUUCAAACUCAGCCACAAAACGAUAUUGUGAACUUGGAGUUGAGAUUACACGAAGAUGAUGUGAAGAACCCAAGAUGGGGGAGAAUCUGAGCACGGAUGUGUGUUGGAGUUUCUUCAGUUGGUGUUGUUUACGUAAUUUGCUGUUAUUGCAUACCAUAUUUUUUGCAUGAGCGCAAACAGGAUGACAUUGCUGAAAGGCACUUGGGUCUGCAUAGAUCUGGCUGGAAUCAGAAUUGUAUUUGCUUCACACUUGACAAUAAAGUACAUUUGUAAUAA